AAGCUGUGCGAAUUGUUCUAAACGCGGAUGGCGACUGUCACCAGCUGCCACAGGCUUGUGGUGCGGCAUCGAGAGCCUCUGGUAACCAGCAGCCUCGUCAGCCCAGCCCCCGCCGUGCAAGCCCGAAGGAAGCGAUCUCGCCAAGCGUCGUGGCCAGCCCGUGGAGCGCGGCAAGGCCAAGGAGUCUGCCAGCCGUUUGACAUGGCAGUUUCCAGGGGCCUUAUUUGCGGAGCUGGGAAUGUGGAAAAUAGGGGGAAAGGGGGGCGGGGGUUAUGGAAGGGAUAGCUAGGAACAGGGGGAGCUCCAGCGGUUGUGAUCUCAUCGCGAGCCGAAAUCAGGUACACUUGUUCUCCUAUUUAGCCCCACGGUUUUUGCACGCGGCUCGAUCCUGUAAGCAGGAAAUUGUAAAGCACGGGCAAACGGGACUUUGAAGGGGAAAUCCCACAGUAGGCAAUGACACCUGGUUACAAAAUCUCGCUCAUGCACUGGAUUGGUUGCCUGGGCAACAAUCCAGCUCUGAAACUCGCAAUUGUCGAAAUACAACUUGGUAGUUCGUUAUCGUUCAGACUGCAGCCAAUCAGGUUCAGUGUCAACGCGAGUCAUGCUGAGAACCUGGUAGGUGAGAUUGCAAUUUGGACUGUUCGGGGUGGGACCAUAGAGGGGAAAAGGUGUAUGCGGUGUUCUUGUCCUGUAAUUCUAAUAUUACUUCUAUUUUUUGC